UCUGUCCGCGAUCGCAUCAAAAAUUGUGUGAACUAAAUCCAACAAGCGCACUAUCACCCGCUGACCAUCGGUCCCAGAAUUCGGAUUUAACACCACCGGAAGGACCCAUUUCAAGCCGGAAACCGUCGCAAUCCGUAGCAGCCAUGGUGGCGUCGAAAAAAUCGUUCAAAAUCGGAGACUUGGUAUUUGCCAAAGUGAAGGGCUACCCGCCCUGGCCCGCGAAGAUUACCAAAAUCGAGAAAAGCAAGUACAAUGUGUACUUUUACGGCACCGGGGAAACCGCUAACAUCAAGUUGGAGGAUUUGUUCGCGUACAGCGAAACCAAGGCAAAAUAUGCCACGGAAAAGAUCAUGAAGCGGAAGGGCUUCAAGGAGGCCAUUGUCCAGAUCGAGUCGGCGUUGAACGGCGAAGACCCGAGUCCGAUUGCGCUCGGAUCCGGUCCCUCGUCGUCUGCCGCGGCCGAUGAUUCGAAGGCGGACGAUACUCUGAACACGACCGAGGCCAGCUUCAACGCGUCGCGCAUCUCGGCCAACUCAACCGUCGUCGACAGCAGCAUAAAGUCGGAAAAGGACGACACCAAGAAUGGCGAUGAAAGCAGCGUCGCCGCAGCUGCCACCACCACCAAGGAGACUUCCGCCAAGCCGGUCAAAGAAGAACCCAGCAAAAAGUCGGGCAAAAAAGCGACGGCCGCUGCCGACAGUCCCUCGGCGGCCCCCAAAAAGACCGCCCCCGUCAAGGAUGAACCGGUGAAGGACGAAUCAGUCGCCGUUGCGAGUCCCGCGAAGGAACCGCAACCGGAAGUGGUCAGCCGCAGCGGUCGCAAGAUCAAGCCGAAACGGUAUCUGGACGGCGAGGAGGAAGAACCGGCCGUGGCGCCGUCGCCGGCCAAGAAGAGGGCCACCUCGACGACCAAGAUCGAGAAGGUCGCUCCAACCGCUGUUGCGCCGACGGUGGCGGCGGCUCCGGCUAAGAAGCCGAAUCCGUUUGACAAAAUUGAGAGCGAACGGGUCUACUUCUUGAAGUUGGAGCGUGAACUGGUUGAGCUCAACUUGGAAAUCAAGUCGUGCGUUGGGUUGGCCAAGGCAGAUCCCGAGAAAUGCGUCGAGCUUAUGGAACAGUACCAACAGCUGAAGGUGACGCCCACCAUGCUCAAGAAGAACCCCAACUGCGUGGAAACCAUGAAGCGUCUGCGGAAGUACGUGGGCAACGCCAAGGCCUGGAACAUGGCCGACGAGGAGCGGAUCAAGUUCGACUUCCAGGCGCAGCAGAUUCGAACCAAGGCCGAGCAGAUCUACAAUCAGUUUAAGACCAUGUUCUCGGUUCCGGAGGGAACGGUCCCCUUCUGGGAAGCAUUCGGCGAGGAGGUCAACAAGUUCCAGCAGCGCACAAAGCACCUCAGCCAGGAAGAGCUGUUUUUACUAGUCGAUGAAGGAGAUAUCGAGCAAAACUUGAACGACGACGAGAAGAACGGGUGCAGCACAGAUGCUAACAGCGCGACGGCAGCCGAUGCGGAAGACAAAAAGAACAAUGACAACAGCAGCAGCAGCAGUCCGGACAAGUCCGCGAGCGAGAGUUUAACGGAGACGUAAACCAGCCUGCUGAAGUCUCGAAUCCCCCCGUUAAGAUAUCCCCAAUCUUCUUCUGUGUCGUGUCAGAGAGGUAGAAGAAAAAAAAAACAAAGCGAUCUUUUUUUUAACAUUUAAGAGAGAGUGAGUCCAGACAGGUCGUACUCGGAAGAGCUCGGAGUAUGGUUAGCGUUUUUUUUCGAUUACUAAGGACUACUAUUAAAAUAGUAUUUAACGGAAGGAUGAAAGGAAGAAAAACUGGAGUUUAGCACGUUUUGUUUCGACUUUCUCUUCUUAUUCUCACAACGGGAUCAUUUAGCAACUGUUCUAACUUCUAAUUCUGCACCGGGAACUGUCGGCAUGUUCUACCGAACGUUGAUUUAUGUUGUACGAUGCCAACGCUCAUCUUCUCCCUGUCUCUGUCGUUAAUUCCAGCAAAUUCAUUUGUUUCAAAUCUUAAAAACUACAGUUUUAUUGUUUCUACUUACCCAUCAUGGUGGCGCAGCAGACAGCUUCCGUGUAAAAUGCUAAAUUCAUUAAGAAAUAAUUUUGUAAAUGAAACUAAGAGAAGAAAGAUAAUAAAAAUAAAUAUAUUGAA